GGAAAAAGAUAAUACUGUUAUGUAAAUAUUAUACUAUUUUUAUUUAUCGUGCAUAAAAUUCUCUUGAAAUGUCUGACGAGGAAAACGAUCGUUUUGAAGAAGAACAAAGUUUGUUAACUGACAAUAUUGAAAGUAUACCGCAUACACCAAGUGCUUGGGAACAAGAUAUAUACGAUGUUGAUGAAGAUCCUGACCCCCAUGCUACCCCAGAAAGGAAAAUUUUAUGGGCGGCUGAACAAGGUGAAUUGGAUAUAGUCAAGUCUUUGGUAUCAAAACAUACUCACUUGGUUCAUAUUCAUGAUAAAGAUGGUUAUACAGCUUUACACAGGGCGUGCUAUAGUAAUCAUCUAUCAAUUGUUGAGUUUUUAUUGGAAAAUCAUGCAAAUCCAAAUGCUCGAACAGCAGAUCAAUGGACACCAUUGCAUUCUGCUUGUAAAUGGAAUAAUGUGGAAUGUGCUGAAAAAUUAAUAGAAGCUGGGACUGACAUAAACGCUUUAACUAAUGGCGGAAUAACACCUCUACAUUUAGUAGCAGAGUUGGCUGAUUCACAUGGUCUCCUUGAACUUUUAUUGUCUCAACCUAGUAUUCAGCCAAACAUUAAACUAACAAACAGUACAGGUGAUACACCAAAAGAUAUUACUGGUCGUAAGAGUACGAAUGAUCGGCUUUUUGAAUACUCUGAACCAUGUUUCAAUUACAUAUGAAUUGAAUAAUUAUUCGGACCAAAGA